AUGUCAACUUUGAAAAAUACUUGUUCUGAAGUCGAUCUCAGCCAAGAAUCCAUUAAAGCGACUAACAGGGCUGAAGAUCCCAUCCAUAUAACCGACGACGAAUACGAAGAGGCACGGUCUGACCACGGGUUAAAUCUGAACGAAGAAUACCUAGCAAAAAUAUUAGAAAACAUAAAUUUUAUUCAGCAAAAUUUAGACGGCAAUAGAAGCGUUACGCGCCAGAAUAAAGAAAACAUCAAAAAAUCGUUGGAUGAAAUUAAUCGCAGUUCUCAACAAUUGUUCGAUCAAGUGAAAACCGUUUUACGGCAUUCAAUAUCAUCAGCCGAAAAUAAAACUGUGACAAUCAUCAGGAACACUAUUAAAGAAGAGCUCUUAAAGUUUACCCAAAAACCUCAACAACUAUACACUCAGCCAUUGCAACGUCCACUUCUAUCACCUUCAACCACUACAUCACCCAUAUCGUACGCUAACGCUGUUAAAUCUUCCACGCCUGUAAAUAAAUCCAUUCCCAUAACAAAACCGGCAAUCAUUGUUAGUGCGAAGCAGCCAGUUUCUUCUCCACAAGAUACUAUUAGUGCUUGGCGGAAAAGUGUACACUUUAAGCACUAUACCUUCAGUCCCGCUGACGUCAAGCAAGUAUCUAACAAUAAACUCAGAGUAGAGUUCGAUAACGAAGAACAACGGGACAAGGUUAUUGACGCCGCAAAUCAGCCAGAUAGCUUGGUUAACGCUGAUAUAGCCAAGAAACUGAGGCCUAUGAUAAUAUUAAAGGGCGUCUAUAUCGACACCCCAGUAGCUGAACUCAAAGAAAUUAUUAUAAAUCAAAACCCAAGAAUAAAAAGUGAAAUAAAAACUCCUGACGAUAUAACCUUCCGUUUUAUAAAAAAUAAUAAAAAUAAAAAACUAUACAACCCUGUUUUUAUGGUAACUCCUCAAAUUUGGAGAACUGUUAUAGAACUACAGAAAUUAAAUAUUGAUCAUCAGAGAGUACAUACUGAAGACUACCCAGCGUAUCUUCAUUGUUACAAGUGCCUUAAAUUCGGUCACACGAAGAAACAUUGCACAGAAAACAAAACAAUUUGCUCCUACUGCUCAUCAUUUGACCACUCCUACAAAGAUUGCCCAGUCAAAAAAGACGAAACUAAAGUCAACUGUUACAACUGCUCACUACAUUGCAAGAAAUAUAAUUUGAAUUUAAAUACUCAACAUAGUGCCACGUCGCUACUUUGUCCCCGCUUACAAAAACAGAUAGAAAGCUGCAAAAACAGAACUGACUAUGGACAUCAGAAAUAG